UAAAGCCAGGUGUCUCUCCACGAUGGACGGCUACGCCCUCCCCUUCUGGAUUUACCUGGGCGUUCUCUCCGUGUUGGUGGGCGGGGCCAUGAAGAAGAUGUUGGCGUCCCACCUAGGCCCCGCCCCCCCCCUGGUGGCGUGGCUGGGCGCUGCCGUGCUGGCGGAGCGGCUGUGGGCCGUCUGCCCGCCGGUGGCGCUGCUGCUGGGCGAGCCUGCUGCCUGCACGCCCGCGAGCCGCCACACAUGCUAUGCCUCAAGCUCACCCGGCCACAAGGCCGUCCUCAUCACAGGAUGUGACUCUGGGUUUGGCCACGCCACGGCGAAGUAUCUGGACGCCAUCGGCUUCGAGGUGUUCGCCACGGUGUUGGACCUGUCAGGGGGCGGAGCCAGAGAGCUGCAGAGGCGCUGCUCGCCGCGCCUCACCCUGCUGCAGGUGGACAUCACCCAGCCUCAUCAGGUCCAACAGGCCCUGAUGGACACCGAGGCCAAGCUGGGCCUCAGAGGCCAGUCCAGUGACCACGCCUACUGGGAGCGGCAGCACCAGCAGCGGCUGCAGAGCCUUCCCGCGGCGCUGCUGCAGGACUACGGCGAGGACUACCUGGCGGAGACCAAGGAGCUGUUCCAGGACCACGCCGGCCGCGCCGACCCCGACCUCGGCCCCGUCACGGACGCCGUGGCGCGGGCGCUGCUGUCGCCGCGGCCGCAGGUGCGCUACCUGGCGGGGCGCGGCGUGGGCCUCAUGUACUUCAUCCACAGCUACUGCCCCGUCAGCCUCAGCAGCCGCUUCCUCCAGAGGCUGUUCCUCAGGAAGGAGCUGCUGCCGCGAGCCCUGAGGGGGCGGGGCUCCGAGCUGGACCGCCACAACAACAACAACGAGGAGGAGAAAGAGGAGGAGCAGGAGGAGUAGCAG